AUGGAGGCCAAUCAGCCGUCCAUCAGCGAUCAGCAACGAAUACUGUCCCAAUUCGAUUCUGAUGCCUCUAUCACGCCCGAGUCGCUCCUGCAUGAGGGCGCUGCUGCCCAUGCUAUGUUGUUGCAACCUAUGAGAGGCUAUUGGAGUGAUUGGACAACUUGGUACUGCGAUAAGUACUUUUGGUGGCAAUGGUGUGGUACGGUUGCGUUCAAGAGAACGGAAGCUCUGAGGGACAAGAUCAAGAAAAUGGCUGCUAGGGUGAAGCAGGCAGAAACUGAGUCUCAGCAGAUAACCAACCAGAUGGAUCAAUUCCGAUUAAAUGACAGUAUGGUCCUCGUCGAUCCUGAGCAGAAGCACGACGGGUUGACCUCGAGAGCGUCUUCUCUACUCAAGGCUGUGUUAGUAGAGCAGCCCGCAGUGGGGAAAGCCUUCGAAGGACUCUACCCGAAGAUGCGAGAUCUAGAAGACGAGAUUAAAUCAGAAGUCGACAUGAACAAACAAUCGAUGGCGGAUAAGUUCACGGAGACAUCUCAAGUGGUGGCCAACAACCUCAAACAACAGGCGAAGCACGUAUUAGGGCAGACUGUGAAGAUGGACAAAAAUCUGCAUAAGGCGCUGAGAAAGCUGAGUAGAGGUGUUCUCAAGAACUCGAGAACAGUAGCAAAAGGAUCAUUGAAGGCGCUGAAAGAGGCCGAGAAGGACAGCUCUAGGGUAGAAAGGAAGAGCGGUAAACUACUGGACACGGCCACUCGCGUGAUAGCGAUAGUGAAUAAAUUGAUGGCCAAUACCACACCUAGCAAGCAUCGUCUAUUGAUGACUAUUCUGGAUCAGCUGAAGCAGAAGUUGUUCCAGCAGCGGGUGCGCCAACAGAGCCUUGUACGGCCCUAUGAGCAGCGGCAAAAGAGAGAAAUGGAUAGGGAAAGGAAGGCGGUUAUUGACCUCAUGAAGCGGGACUCACGUGCUGCUCUCUACAACGCUGAGAAGGAGUUCUCAAGGGGAGUCAAUGGUAGAUUGUCGAGGCUGAGGUCACAGAGAGCCGUUAUUCAACGGACGCAGAAUCAGGAUCUGAGUCGAGAGAAUAAGGCCUUGAGAGAGUGGCUGAGCUCGGAAGGGAAGAAGGAGGAUUCGGUGAACAGGAAAGCAGCGGACGCGGGAGAGGCCGUUGAAAGACAGCUGCUUGCUAGCGAGGAGAGCAUGAUACAGCAUAAACGACGGAUGGCAGAUCAGCUGCAGGAGGUGGAAGGCAAUUUGAAAGCGGUUGAUAAUGUUGUGGAUAGAAGGCUCAUGGCCUCGAGUGACAGCAUGCAGAGACAGUUAUUGGGGGAGUCUGAGCUCAUUAACGGUGACCUGAAGAAGCAGGUUGACGAGGAGAGAGAGCGUGCCUCGGGAAGGAACGUCUACUUCGAAGCUCAAGUCGGGGACGUAACGAGACAAGCUGCCAUUGAAAAGCAGGAGGAAGCUCGGGGGGUCGAUGGAGCUGAGCGGAACCUGGCCAACGAGGAAAGUCGGGCGGAACACGACAUUGCUUCUGCUGGUCAAAAACAAGAAGUUCGCGUGCGGAGCCUCCUCGAGCACGGGAAGGGCGAGGUUGAUGGAGUGGCUGGUGCGAUUGCUAGUGGGGGAGCGGAUGAGCUCUCUCGACUGGAUUCUAUAAUGAGCUCGCUCACAGCAACUAAGACCGCUCUCACCAAGUCCAUGGAGGAAGAUAUGGGCGGCGUGGCCGAGGCCCAGCGAGGAGAGUUCAGUCGGCUGAGGGAGAAUGUGAAUAACGCCUAUAACGAUACCGAGGAUGGCAUGUUUGAAUUGGACAGAGUUCUGUCGAGUAUGGUCGGGGGCAUGCAGUCAUCUGUUGACGGUCAAGAAGACCUGAGGAAGGGUCUGCAAGGGAUGUCUGCUAUUCUUGAAAAGGAGGCGGCUAAGGCUAAUGGCGACAUACGGGAUAUCACUGGUGAGAGCGCUAUGGCGUUGCGGCAUCGCUCGGCUGAGUUCAAACAGGAGGAGGUAGACGCCGUAAGAGACGUUGAUGGGGUAUUGGACAAUGCUAUAGGAGGCAUGAAAGGGCGAAUGAAGGAUGAGCAGAAGGGUAUGAUGCGUAGCUUGAGAGGAAUGCUGAGUGAGCUGGGCAGUAACGAGGAAGGUGUAUCGGCAGUCUAUGAUGAAGCACAGGGGGGACUGGCUAGGGUGGCUACUAAGCUGAGAGAGUAUAAAGGUGAUGUAGUAGAAGAGAACAACAAGUUGCAGAAGUACUUAGUCGAUGCUCAAGGCCAGGAGGCCCAGGCUGCGCUUAAGAUAGCAGAUGGAGUUGAGCGCGACGGCUUGGCUAGGAUCGCCCAGACGAGGAAGCUUCUCAUGGAAGCGCGGCAGAAGGCUGAGGAGGGCACAUCGGAGAGAGACAAGCAACGAGCUAGAGAGCUCAGGGAUGAAAUAAGCCAGAUUGAUGACAUGCUCAACGCUGCUGUACAGCGAGAAUAUAAAAGUCGGGCGGCUCUCGCGAGUGUUGACAGCAUUGGUGAUAGUAUACGUAAUCGAGGGAGCGCGUUCCACGACAUAGGUGUUGAAGAAACGCAGAAUGUUGAGAAGGAGUCCGAGCGUUUCGUCACCACUCGGAGAGACCUCAUGCAGCAGUUGGCACGUUAUAAAAAUGAGAUAGAGAGAGCUCGGGGGUCGCUAGCCAGGGGAGUGCAGGUCUUGGACCGAGGGGUUCGGGAUAGGACCGAAGAUAUGAAGGAAAGUAUCAAGUUGGGCAGGGAGGGCCUUGCGCGUAUUGUUGGGGGCAUUGCGGCUAUCAUGUUGAAGGCAUGGAAGGCUGAGCUGGAGGAGAUUCUUAACGGGGACAUGACGCAGGAUGAGAAGGUUCAAGCUAUCAGACGACUGCUCGAGAGCGGACGAGGGAAAUUUGGUCACGACGCAGCCGCAGUUGCAGAGGAGAGGAACAAUGCUGCUACGAAGCUAGCCUUCGCUCUCGAUAGCAUUAUCAAGCAAGCAGGGAAACUCGGCCUUAGUGGUGAUGAGAUGCAUGCGUACGUCCAGAGAAAGCUUGAGAAGGAAGCGGGGGUGACCACUGAGGAGUUCGAGAGGGUCAAAGCACAGCUCGGUGGGGAUCUAUCCAAAUUCAAAGAAAUGAUGGCGAAUGAGAAAUCGAAAGCCAUCGAGAUGCUCAAGGAGCAGGAGGUCGGCGAGGCCCUCAGAGCUUCCAGCGUCGAUACCGGCUUGGGCGACUUGGGUAACGCUCUGUUGCGGGCGGCCUUGGAGGAUGGUGGCCAGCUCGGGUAUAACUCUCUCGCGGCUGGGCGGUACAUCAGCGAUGCCCGCUCGACUGAAGGUGUUUUUGCUCAUGAAGCACGUAGUCUUGCCCAUUCGGCUCUAGCAAUGGACCAAAAACUACUUGAAGACAUCGCGGCAGAAAAGGGCGUUAAGAUGGAGGAGACGGCCAGGGUGGAACAUGUACAGGCGAGCUUUGUCUCUCUGGUGGAAGAUGCGCUAGUUGAGAUACAGAAAGAGAUGAACAGGACGAGCAGUGCUAUCAGUAGCAUUGAAGGCCUUGGCGGGCCUAGCGAUGAACUUGAGAAGAACUUGGGGGAUCUUGCGAAGAGAACUGCUACUGCCAACAAUGACUUGGACAAAUUGAAAGCGUCUUACGAUCCUAUAUUUGACGAGAUGAAGAAGAAACUAAUGGCCUAUGGAAAGGAGCAGAGAAAGGCUAAAGAUGCUCAACUCAAGGAAAAGAAGAGUAUUCAGAAGCGUUUCUCAGCGGUAGAUUCUGAACUGGGAAGAGCCAGGAGCAGGCUGUGGGCUCAAGUCCAAGGGAAUAUCGCGAAGGAUGUUCAGGCGUACCAGAAGUCGUUUGCCGAGGGUCAGGAUGAAUUCAAUCGCAAGAAAUGA